AUCUCUUUUCGCGCCAUAUUUCUCGAAAGUGUCAUUAAAAUUUACAAACAACGUUUAUUAUUUGUUUAUUAUCCGAUCUCUAUUUUUAGUUUCCUUGCAAACCAUGAACAACGAUGAUUUAAUUUCAUCGAAUGGCUGUACCGAAGAAUUGAAUAACAAAACGAAAGAAAAAAAUGGAACGACUCACGUUGAAAGUGAAAAACCGCACGAGGAAUACCAGUAUUUAGAUUUAAUUAGGAAAAUCAUUAAUGAGGGAGCGAACAGAAGUGACCGUACUGGCGUGGGCACGCUGUCCCUUUUUGGAACUCAAAUGCGUUUUAGUUUAAGAGACAAUACAUUUCCAUUAAUAACUACCAAGCGGGUGUUUUGGAGAGGAGUUGUAGAAGAAUUGUUAUGGUUUAUAAAGGGAUCAACGAAUGCUAAAGAACUCUCAGAGAAAAAUGUUCAUAUUUGGGAUGCCAACAGCUCUCGCGCGUUCUUAGAUUCUUGUGGCCUCACCGAUAGAGAAGAAGGAGAUUUAGGACCAGUUUAUGGAUUUCAGUGGAGACACUUUGGUGCAAAAUACACAAACAUGCGCGCCGAUUACAAAGAACAAGGCAUCGAUCAAUUACAAGACGUAAUACACCAAAUAAAAAAUUCUCCCGAUAGCAGGAGAAUAAUAAUGUCUGCGUGGAACCCAACCGACAUUCCACAAAUGGCCUUACCUCCUUGCCAUUGUCUUGUACAAUUCUAUGUAAACAAAGACGAACUGUCCUGUCAGCUUUAUCAAAGAAGCGCAGAUAUGGGUCUCGGAGUGCCAUUCAACAUAGCAUCCUACUCUCUGUUGACUUGUAUGUUGGCUCAUAUCACAAACUUAAAGCCAGGUGAAUUUGUACAUACAAUGGGCGACUGUCACGUGUACCUUAAUCAUGUAUCCGCGCUCAAGGAACAACUAAAACGCACACCGAAACCAUUCCCACGUUUAAAGAUAGUUAGGAACGUUCAGAACGUCGACGAUUUCGUAGCGGAGGAUUUUGAACUGCUUGGGUACGAACCGCAUGGAAAACUCUCGAUGGCGAUGGCUGUUUAAGAGCAAGUUAAGACAUUUAAGCAAACGUAGAUUACGUCGACGCGUUAUACGUUUUCUUUAACAAAAAACAAAAAAAAAAAAAAAAAAAAAUUUUAACCGUUGAGAAAGUAAGUAUACCAUUUGAAUUGGCGAAUUAAUGAAAUUCACUGUGUAUUAUAAUUUCUAACUGUAUCUAUACUUUAUUUCCUAAUAAAAAUUAUGUUUUUAAUAAACUCGUAUCUUAGUAAUUGUACGUGUAUGUGUUUGUGUGUCGUGUGUGUAUGUGUAGGAUGUUCUACUACUGGUUUGAGAAAUGUUGGGUGACUCUGUAAGCUGUAACACGAUGUGAAAUCAUGAAAAUUCCUGCAACACUCUCAGCGAUUAAUAACUUUGGAACUAAACCCUCAACAUAAUAAUUUUUUUCCUGCGACCUGUGAACUUUCUCAUUCCAGUAGCUUAACAUCCUGUAUAUACGUAUGCAUAUAUGUAUAAUAUACAUAUGUGUACAUAUAUGUACGUAUAUAGGUUCUCUCAUUUUAACUUGGUCUUUGUAAUAACUCGAAAACAUGGAAUUUUAGCAAAAAAAAAUGUUUCAGACAAAAGUUUUAUGGUUCAGAGGGGACCAGAAAUGAUCAAUUCGACUCUACUUGUAAUAUUUCUUCAUGGCGGCCAUUGUUUUUUAAAUGGAAGUAGAUUUUUUGGUCCAAUGCAAAUUGUAGCUGGUAUCGAGAUGAAGACAAUGGUUCUUGUUUUUGUUUUUUAUUCGGAUCUGUUUUGUUAUUUUUCAAAUUCAAUGUGUAUGUGUGUGUGUGUGUGUAGCAGAAAUAAGGAUUCUGUUGCGUGUGUGUGACACGUGCACACAAAUUGAAUUUAAAAAAUAACAAACUUUAAAUCGCUGUAACACAGUCAAAAAUAAUCCAAAUGAAAAAAAAAAAGUCGACUUUGAUUUUUGAAAAAUGGGCG